AUGCCCGCUUCAGCCAACACCACUACCUGGGUCCCGGAAAAUUACAAAACCCCUUCCUUUCCCUCUCUCUACUGGCUCGUUGGACCGGAUAAUCUCGUCCAGCCCAGGUUCCUCUACCACGUUCACGAUAUCUGGCGCUUCACUCUGUUCUGGACGACCAUCAUCUUCGAGGCUGUACAUUUGCUGGUUGGGACGUACGCGGUGGUGAUUGUGUGGUGGGGAGGGAGGAACAAAUUGAAGGAGGAUGGGAAAGAGAACGGGGGCGGAAAGGAGGUUAAGAGAGGGCGGGAGGAGUCACUGAAGAAUAUCAAGGUGCUGUGGGUGGUGCCAGUCGUGUAUGGAAUCGUGGCAGGCGUGGAAGCAUUGUUGGCAGGGAGCGUAGUGGGGUUGAUACUCGGCGCUGUGUACAACGCCGGAGGCUUCAGGAUGUCGACUUGGAUCCCGCGGACUAUGACCAAGGCAAACGAUUUAGCUGAAUGUGAACGGACACCGAAGCUUCGAACGUCCACCUGGCACGCCCAAGCCACCACAGCUUUCCUAUCACGCAACAUCUCGCAGCAGACACACGAACAGGAGCACUGCAAAGCCGAAGUCAACCGCAACGGUCUUGCACUUGGAAUUCAGCUUAAGAGGUGA